UUCCGGGGUCCUGAAUACUAAACAUUUUUCGCGCCAACAUUGAAACAACAACAGCUGCCGCGUCUGAUCCUCUGAGUUGUUAAAUAACUUUCAUUUAAACACAAAGCAAGGAAGAGCGAACAAAAUCAAAAUGACAGAGGAGGAGAACCUGGACAUGCUGCUGUCUUUAUUUGCGGAGACUGAGAGCCAGAAUCUGGAGACUCAUGCUGCUGGAGAGGACACUGACAAUCUGGACGACCUCUUCGAUGAGGAUGAUGACGGUCAUCAAUAUAUUGAGCCGGAGGAGGAGGAGGAGCAAGGGGAAGAAGACGUGGCACCUGGGAAAUCCAGCUCUGUUGAAGGGGGCAGUGACUUGAACAAGUCAAAAGAAGAUCUCGAGGCUGAACUAAAUUUAAUGCAGCAGAAGAUGCAAAAGCUACAGCAGCAGCUGGAGGCCUCACAGAAAACCACACAGCCUGAAAGCAAACCCUCCGUCCAGAGACAGGCGAGAACCAAACCCUUAACACCACCUCAAGGGGGUUUGAAUGCUACCCCACCAACACGACGGGACAGCAGAGCCUCUCCUCCGUCAGGUGUCAAAGCAAAACAGAAAAACAAGCAGAGGUCGGCCCAUCCACCCAAAGCAGCAUCCUCGGAAAGGCAGACUCCUAUUGGCCAGAGUAUGAAUAACUGCCAAUCUCAGCCAAUGAGAGACAGUACGUUGAAGUCACCACCCACUCUCAAGACUCCUCCCACUGUUAGUCACGCCACACCGCGUCCAUCUGUCAAUCAAGAGGUUGCCGUGGAGAAAUUCUCAGGUCUCAGACUCAGGAAACCACGUUUGUCUUCCAUAGACAUUGAGCAAAAAAUGUCCACCCGCAAACUGAUCAAGCUCUCUCAGUUGCCCGAUCGACUGGCCAGGGACAAUUUAGAGGACAGUGAUUGGGUCACUUUCGCGGUGGUGAUAAAUAAGAUUACCCCACAGAGCAAAAACAACGGGAAAACCUUCAGCAUCUGGAAGCUGAAUGACCUUCAUAAUUUGGAAGUGAUUGUAUCUCUCUUCCUGUUUGGGUCUGUUCACACGGAUCUGUGGAAGACUGACACUGGGACAGUGAUUGGCAUCCUCAAUCCAAACCCAAUGAAGAACAAAGAGGGUUCCAAUGAGCUCAGCCUGACAGUGGACCACCCACAGAAGGUCCUUAUAAUGGGAGAAGCCAUGGAUUUCGGCACCUGCAAGGCAAAAAAAAAGAACGGGGACUCUUGUACUCAGCUAGUCAACUUGCAUGAAUGCCAGUACUGCCAGUACCAUGUUAAAGCCCAGUACAAGAAAAUGAGCUCAAAGAGGUCUGAGCUUCAGUCCAGCUUCACAAGCCCCGCCCCCGGUAAAGGAAAGGGGCGGGGCAGUUUGAAGGAGCGCCUGUGCCAAUCUAACUUCCACUACGGGGGCAUGUCGUCACUCGCCUGUGCGCCCUCGACGUCUGCCCCACAGCCAAAGAAACAACCCACUAUGCAGUCUAUUUUAGCAUCCAUCCCAACUAAGAAACUUGCUCUGAAUUCGGGCGAGGUGUUGGGCUGUUCCGAUGAUUUCAAAGGCCUGAUGUCUAUGCCGACGCCUGGAGCACUAAAUAUAAAGAGGCAUUUAGGACAUGCCAAAAGUACAGCUGUGACAGGAUCUUCAGUUCAGUCUAUAUCUGCAUCUGACCUUCUCAAACAGCAGAAAGAACAACACCAGCAGAGAAUGCUUGCUCGAAAGAAGAGGGCAGAAGAGAUUCAAAAGAGGGUGCUGGGUCAGAACAGUGGGGUUCCUGUUGCCCCCUCACGGCCCAGUGUAAGCAGGGGUCCCCUGCUCUCCCCAAAAGCAGCCUCGGAGGUCCCGAAAGGGUCGUCUGCCCCUGCGUCCCGUCUCUCAGGUCCUGCUGUUCCAUCGCUGGGCCGUGGUUUUUCAGAAGGAGAGGACAUCCUCCUUGAUCUGUCUCCACCUUCAUCAAAGAGCCUCUCAGCCACAAAGUUGGCGGCAGUGAGGAAACUCCAAGCCAAAGGUUCAGUCAUUGUUAAAGACGACCCAAAUGCUGUAAAACGCAAGCGAGCCAACAGCGAUGACAUCACAGAUCGUGUAAAGCGCAAUCUCUCCACACCUACAGUAACUGAUGAAAAUUCAAUUGGUGAGGAGGAGGAGCCAGCUCAGAAAAAGAGGCGGGAACAGCUGGAGUACAUCCAAUCAGAGGAGUUUCAGCGUAUCCUCAACGCCAAGUCUUCAAACUCGUGGAUGAUGGGAGAGAUUGAGGAGCAGGCCAUGCAGGAGUAUUUUGAGCCGCUGGUGCAAAAAGAGAAAAUGGAGGAGAAGAUGAAGAGUAUCAGGGAGAUGAAGUGUCGGGCCGUAACCUGCAAAACCUGUAAAUACACCCACUUUAAACCAGCGGACCGCUGUGUGGAAGAGAAACAUGACUACCACUGGCACGACGCCGUCAAGCGCUUCUUCAAAUGCCCCUGUGGGCAGAGGAAGAUCUGCCUGGCACGGAUGCCACACGGAGCCUGCAGCCAUUGUGGCCUCUUCAAGUGGGAGAGAGACGGCAUGUUAAGGGAGAAAAAGGGACCCAAAAUCGGAGGGGAGCUACUGUUGCCACGUGGAGAGGAACAGGCCAAAUUCCUCAACAGUUUAAAGUAGAGUCAGCUGUCCCGUGCACGGCCUGAGCCCAGUCUCCAUCCAGACUCCUCUGAGAAGUCUAAACACACAGAUGAGGAGCUUCGGAUCACGUCUUCAUACUCGGAGAGUGUGACUGAAGUGUUGAAGGGGCAUCAGCGUUACAUUUAAGUUGGUCAAUGUUAAAUGUGAUUUUAGUGAUUUUACUAGUGUUUGUCUGUUGUCUAUAUAUUUGUUGUUUUAAGAUAAGCUGUCAAGCCUUUUAAAUGUGUAAAUAUAUACUGUUAUUAUUUUAAUUCUGAACUUUAAUAUCAACCAUCAAGUGGCACACCUGAAUUAAACGAUACUAAGUGAACUUG